CCCGAACGGAGUGAAGAGACAAUGGGACAACGUGUUCAACAUGUCCACAGGAAAUGCAAUCGAUUGCAACAUGACAAUAUAUCUUUGUCGUAUAAAUUCCACAAAACCAGAUGCAAAUAUUGCCAGGUGCGAGGUUAGCGAAAUCGUCCGUUACCUUCACGUCGAUUCUUGCCAUUUUUCUGUGGAAUGGAACGAGACGAUGAACAAGACUAAUUCCGGUACCCAAAUGUACCUGCAAUUUCCUAUGUCAGACGUUUUUUCCAGACCCAAACUGUUCCUGCUACCUACAAAAGUAAUAUCAACUGAUCCACCGGAAGGGUCCAGUCGAAACCACAGCUCGGCAACCACGACAACAGCAACCAGCGAAUCUAAUUCAAAAACACAAAUGACUUCACCCAUCUCGACAAGUCCUACAAUUACAAAGCAAGCAAUAUGUCCAUCGACGACUCGACCUGAUUACUCAGAAACUGUACCACCAGUUACUGGCUCGGAACCACCCGAAGUCUCAACAAAGGAAUUUGUUAUUACCAAUACCAGCGUAUGUCCAACUUCAGCUUGUUCCUGGAAAUCGUUAAUAAUUGCAGGUAUUUCGGGUGCAGUUGUACUUGCAGUUGUAGUAAUUUCUAUCUUCAUGUACCGCCGGUAUUAUUUCCGCGUACCACAAGUCGUCCACUACGAACCAACAUCCUGCGUUGAACUAAAUGAAAAUUAUUUUAACGCGAAAGAGAUUACUCAUAAUGUUGAUCAUUCCUCAGUAUCGAAUUGAACUUCCUUAUUUCGUGUAAAUAAUUUUCUUCUGCCAAUUAUUCAUGUCCGGGAUUGUACAAUUAGGUUAAUGUGUAACUAACCACCAUUAGCAGGGGGGUGUCCAAUAUCCUGUGAGAUAUAUCCACGCGAGAGUGUCUCGCGUCUCUCGAGUAUUUUACGCGAUAUUGAUGAAAUUGCGUUUCUUGUAUGUUUCUUGAAACGUAUUUCAAGUAAAGUCAUGCGUAAAAUAGAGAGCAUCUUAGGAUGUGUAGAACUGCAAAGUUUGGUUGCGAAGUGUGGAAAAUAUCUUACAGAAAAGUUCACAAAUUUUGUAUUUAUUUUUAUUAUGUGCGGUUGAAAUAACCAUUUCUAAUUUUGUCUGUCCUGGAAAUUUGGCUAACCUCAAGAAGUCGAUAAUCAGUCGUAGGAUUUCAUGUUUGGACUGCUUCACUGUCCAGAAAUGGUUCGAAAUCUUGCUCAACAUAUAAACAGCGUGCUCGAGUUAUAAGUGGUGUACCAUUUGGCGUUUCAUAUUUGUACAGUUCAUAUUUCUGUUACGAUUAUAUAUUUUUUCAGUAAAUGAUGAUAUUAAAUUGAUGGUGAUAUUU